UUAGAUCCAUAAAACUCUCUUAAAAUAGUAAACCAAGAAACGCAAAAGAAUGAUGAUGUUCCCUUUCUUGAAGCAUCGGUCGAGGUCAGUCCACGGUGAAGAUGCGCCGUCGUCUCCGGAGUCCAGAGUCGUCGUCUCCGAAGCAGAGACUGGAGGCGCGUGUACUACGCUCACGGUGUGGAGAAAAUCGCUUUUGGUGACUUGCGAAGGGUUCACGGUGAUAGAUUCAAACGGAGAUCUGAUAUACCGGGUCGAUAAUUAUGCCCGAACCAGACCAGAAGAAAUCAUCCUCAUGGAUAAAGAUGGAAACUCUCUCCUCCUCAUGCACCGUACCAAGAAAAUUACGCUCGUAGAUAGUUGGGGAAUAUAUGAAGCAAAGGAUACAAAUGGGGAAACAAAGAUACCAAAGUGUCCAAUCUGGUACAUGAGGAAGAACUUAAAGAUGAACAUUCUGAACACCAACAAAUCCAAUGUUUUGGCAUACGUAUUCUCAGGAUCGUUCGAUAAGAAGAAUUCUUACAUCAUCAAAGGAUCGUACAAAUGUAAAUCGUGUAAAAUCGUGCACGUCCCAAUGAACAAGACAGUGGUGGAGAUCAAAAGGAAAGAGGUCAGAACCAAAGGAGUCCGGUUCGGUUCAGAUGUUUUUGAUCUUGUUGUUAGUCCUGCUUUUGACACCGCUUUGGCAAUGGCUUUGGUUUUGUUAUUAGACCAAAUGUUCUCUUAAUAAAUACAUAAACCAUUUUUCUU